AUGGCCAACGUUUCAAGUUCAAAUUUGACCAACAAGUUUUCAAACACUAUUGUGGACCAAGAGUUAUCUUCCCUAGCUAAGGCUAGUUAUAUCAUUAGCAUCAUCUUCAACAGCAUCGCUUGUCCUUUCACGGUUCUGCUUAACGUGUUAGUGAUUUUGGCGGUGAAAAGCAGACCACGCCUUCAGAGUAAACCCAAUAUCUUGUUGGCUUGUUUAGCAGUCACAGACGCCAUGAAUAGUCUUGUAGCACAGCCGGCCUUCAUAUCGGCAACGACACUGAAGCUCUUCCACAUCACUAGCUACAGCCGCGAGGUUUCAGUCCGUUACCAGAACAUCUCCUCGCGCGUCCUGUACGUUUGUUCCGCGCUGCACCUGAUGUUGGUGACCGGGGAGAGACUUGUAGCGAUCAAAUUUACAAUGCGAUACCCGUAUGUUGUCACAAACAGAAACAUCAAGGUGGCGGUGAUCGCAUUUUGGAUCGUUUGUCUUUGCUCUGAACAAGCAGCACUUAUUACGGACCAAACAAUAUUUACAAACGCUUUUACAGGUCUUGUUUUAACUUCAUGUGUUCUUUUCAUUUUGGUUUCUUACGUGAUUUUGUAUAGAGAAACGCGACGGCAUGAAAAUAAGAUCAAAGCCGGACAGCUACCGCAAGAAGAAAAAGAGAGAUUUCUCAGAGACAGAAAAGCGCUCAAGACAACUGUGUAUGUAGUAGGAGCUGUUCUGUUAUGUCUGACCCCCGCCGCUGCAUGGCUAUUAGUAAGUAGUUUUUUGAGAGUUUUAGCGGAAGAACUUUGGGCGCAAAUGACUCACGAUCAGUUGCGUAAAACAAUUGGGCCGACGGUUCGCACGUUUGUUUACUUAAACUCGCUUAUUAAUCCUCUGAUUUACUGCUGGCGACAAAAAGAAAUUAGAAAGUAUGUAUUCAAUAAAUUCUGUAAAAGCCAAGAUGUGCAUCCGGUUAACUAAAUGCAAAGGAAAUAAAAACAAAAUGCACUGAAACCAUCAUAAAAACUGGUUUUUAGACUUUUAAAUCUUUUCAACAUUUAGGGCGCGUUCGAUUGACCAUGUUCUGGUACAGAACCACAUACUCGCUCCAACGUGAUGUGCUUGAGGUUUUCCGCCUUGAGUUCAAAGUCGGGAUCUGAAUCGCAAGUGCUACCGCUACUUUGUUUUACGUUUUUUCUACUAAAAAUGUUUCAUUUCUACACACCUUUCUGGCUUUAACAGUAAACAACAGGAAAACGGAGCAAUCCAAACGGAUAUGGCAUUGAACAUAAACGCAGACUGA